CUGACUAUAAAAAGCGCUGACAAACACUGACAGAUAAGCGUAUCAACUGAACAGAAAGGUAUACAAGGUAUUGACUUUAAAUUGAUAACGUCAUCUGAGCUUGAAAAUGGCAUCCAAUUUCAUCCUGUUUAUCCUGCUGUUUGGAGUCGCUUUGGUGUGUCAGUGCAGCAAGAUUUCCACUGAAGAUUCGUUGUCCCUUAUGGAUCUGCUGAGUAAGUUUUGCGUCCCAAAAAUUUUUUUUUUCACCUCGAGAGUCAUACAGAUGUAAUUUUCAUUAACGAGUAGUGAACACCUCGAUUUUAUUUCAGCUGAAACAUCAGGUAAGGCGGUAAGCAGCGUUCCCAAAGUUUUUCUCUUAGACAAGUCAAGGGAAUUAAGCCCUAACAAUCGAACCCAUUUGUGGAUGAGUGACUUACGAAACUCUCCGUUUAUUGAACUAAAUUCUCACAUGCCCUUGCACAAACCAGAUUUUCAGAACUGAGAAAAACAAAUGUUUUCCAGUCUUCAACUUCCAGACAAUGAAACUAAAACAGCUCACUGAAGAGAGGUAAUCGACUGCGAUAGGAGAAAAGUGGAAGAUACACUUCAAAGAUAACUCAGUAAGAGAAUAAUACAAUCUCGCUGAUUUUUUUGCCUCAUUUGAUGACCAGAAACGUUGGCAGCUUUAUGCUAAAAAUUCUGACAUUGGGAUAUAUCAGCACUUAAAAAUGACAAUUACCGACAGGGCCCUAGAAUCUUCUCAACGACGAAAAGCUUCACAUAAAGCCAGCAAGUUUGGUCUCAUUUCCCUUGCUUAACUCGCAUCUCUUUAAGAAUUGAAAAAGAGUAAACUCAAACUACUUGAUUUCUUACCUGGCUGCAACUUGAAAUCACGAUACACUUUUUUUUUUCGAAUUUAUUUUCCUCAGGUGCUGAAUUGGACGACGAUACCUCUGAGGAUAUCACAACUCGCAAUUUCAUGGGUAGUAAACUUAACAUCAAAUAAUGAUUGAACAUUUAUUUAUCGUCAAGAUUAUUUGAUUUUCGUCUCGCUUUCUCUCAUCCCCACCUGCAGCUGUAUGCUGGUAAUGUUGAAUUUGGAGAAGGUCAGCCGGCAUGAAAAGUAUUCCAAAAAUCUCAUUUAUCCUUCGCUUAACGUUGCAGGCGGCUGCUAAGGCUCAUAAUGGUCAACCGACAGGAAUAUUUUAGAUAUCUUCAUUCACAAUGAUUUUCGUGCUUACGGUACUUUCCUUGAAUAAGCACUCGGGCGCUUAUUAUUCUCCUGUACUGAUUUCGCUGUAGUUGAAGCUCAAAAUGUAUGGAUAAAGUGGC